GCAGGGCGUGAAUACCCCAAACCCACCAUCCGGGUGAGCCCCAGCAGGGUGGUGGCGCUCGGGGGAAGCGUCACCAUCCGCUGUGAGGGUCGGUACCCGGGCAUGGAGUUCGUUCUGUGUAAAGCUGGACACCCCAACCCACAGGUGCAGACGGUGCCUAAUGGGACCGUGGCUGAAUUUCCCAUCGCCAACGUCAGCCGGGAAGAUGGAGGGAGCUACACCUGCGACUAUCGCUCCAUAACGGAACCGAGUCGCUCAUCCUAUCCCAGCGACCCCAUCGAGAUCAUUGUAGCAGAGCCCAGCUACCCCAAACCCAGCAUCUCCCUGAGAUCCAGCAGGGGGGUCUCCCUGGGGGGAGCCGUGGCCGUCCGGUGUCGGGGGCAGCGCCGGGGCGUGCGGUUUGUGCUGAAUAAAGAGCGACGCCAUUUCCCACCUGUGGAUUCGGACGGGUUUGAGGCUGAGUUUCCCAUCAGCAUCGUGAGCUGGGAGGACGGCGGGAGCUACAGCUGCUCCUAUCACAGCCGAUUGGAGCCGUCUGCUGUGUCGUACCCCAGUGACCCCGUGGAGCUGGUGGAACCGGGAGUCGCUAUUUAA